UACAGUGUGAAAUUUAAAUGCCAUAAAAAUGGCACUUGUACAAAAUGAUAAUUUAUUAAAAGUUAUUUCAGUUUUAAAAUUAUUAAAAAAAAAUGGAGAUCUCGAUGAAGAUAAAUAUUUUCUUUAUCAAAAUACUAAGUGGCGAAAUAUUUUGAAAUACUCUGUAAUAGAGUCAUGGUUGAAACACCACUGCCAUUUAGUGAGAUUAAACGCUCUAGCUUUAAUAUGCGAAUCAAAAAGAAGUACACAGCCAUUUACACCCACGGAAUUUGAUUUAAUUCUUCUAUUUUUAAAAUAUAAUUUAGAGGAAAAAAUGGAAUUCGUACCGUUUAUUAAAAAGGUUUUAAAACGUGCUGACGUUAGUAUUGUUGCUUUGCAAAGACAAUUGAAUAUUGAAGAAAAAUCAUUGGAAAAUGGUGAAUUAGAUUUAGAGGAAGGUGGUUUAAAAAUUGAUGAACGUAUUAAUUUAAUGAAAACUGCCAUUAAAUCUUAUUAUUCAUUUUUUUCAUCACUUAAAGAUUUAUGUUUAAAAAAUAUUUAUCCAGCAGCUGUACAUUGUCGUUCACUUUCGGCAUUGCAAAUAUUAAUUUUAAUGCAAGAAUUUUUAAAAAAAGAACUUACAAUUAAUUUAUGGACACAUGAUGAUACACAACUUUUAGUACAAUGCAUUUAUACAGAUUCAUUUGAAGCAAAUAAACAAUUAGCAUUUACAGUGAUAAAACAGAGUAUUGAUUCAAAUACUUUAUAUAUAAAUGAUGUGAAAAUUGUCAAUGAAAUAAUUGACACUGCAUUGAGUUUAGCAAAUAGUAUGAGACCAACUGAUUCAAUAACAGCGUCAUUUAUGUUUAAAAUUGUUGUUUUAUCACCGAUUAUUGAUGAUGUUUUACUCACUUACAUUAAUAAUGAAGAAAUAUCAAAUUGUCUCACAGAAAAGACAUUGCUGAUAAUGAUCAAAAUUCUAACGAAUCGUUUAACGAAUCCUAUACAAUUAGCAAAGGAAAAUAUUGUUGCUGCGUGUAGUAAACAUUCUUUAUAUGGAUAUCUUUAUUGUAUUUUGAGUUUAUUGCAAACACUCGAUUUGAGGAAACUACAGUCUGAAAAUUCAUGGCGAAAAUUAAUUGCCGAAAUAGUCGAUAUGUGUUUUCAAUUAAUUUACAUUGCCUCGGAAAUUGUUAAUAAUUCAUCUCCCGAAGGACAUUUGCCAAUGGAUUUAAGAGUACAAAAUAGUGAUUUGUUGAUAGAUGCUAAAACAACUUUAGUGACAUCACAAAUGGUUCUUCUUUGUUCAUGGCGUUUAAUAAAAGAAACUAGUCUUUUAUUAGGAGAUAUCACAUCAAGAAGUCCUAUUUAUUUGACAGAAUCUAAUCCUGGGCUUAUAUCUAAAGAACAGAUAAUAAAAAUUGGAGAGCAAUUUGUUAUGUUAUUAUGUGGAACAAAACAUCGAGGAGCCAUCGAUCAAGCGCACAUUGGCUUUCAACAAAUGUGCAAUAAAUUAUUUUCUCUAAAAGAUUCUUCAUUUCGACAAUUACCUGUAACUUGGUUGCAUUAUCUAUUUUUAGAUAUGAUUGGAUUAAAAAGUGGUAAUUUUAAAUUAUGCUGGACGAGAAGAAGUGCUGGUGUUCCAUUUAUGGUUCAGGCAAUUACAUGUUGUACAACCAAGCGUAAUCUUGAUCAUUCAAUUUUUCAUUCAGUAAUGAGAAUUCUACUUGGUUUUACACAGCUAACAGAUGUGGAAAAUUUGUUUAAUGACAUUAAAUCUAUAAUGUACAAUAAUACAAUAUUUUGUCAAUUUGAAGAAAAUUUUAAUUCAAUUAAUAAUGGAGAAAAAGUUGAAAUUAAUGAUUUGGCGGAAAUUAAAACACAUACAUUGAAUAUAUUGAGAGCACUUUUUAAACAUUAUCGACUUAAAGAUUUAGUGAAACCAUAUAUUUCGGAAGGUUUCACUGCUGCAAUGAAAAGUUACGAUGGACAAUCUUGGGCGGAACGGAAUGCAGCAACUUUAUUGAUUGGCACUUUAGUAACAAGAACGUUUGGUGUAUUAAGAACGAGGGAUCAUAUAAAUUUAACGACACACAAUAAAAUGACGGGAAAAGUGUUUUUCGAAAAAUAUGGACAACUAUUGCCAUUUAUGUUAGAAAAAUUGAAUACUUUUAUUACAGAACGAGAUGAAAUGAUUGAUUGUAAAAUGCAAACAAUUCUAUUGAUUAUAUCACGAUUAUAUGUUGGUAAUGAUAUGGAAAAUUCAAAUUCUUUCUGGCAGGUUGAUAAAUUUAUUAAUCUUGUAUCGCAAUGUGGAACGAAUCGAGUGCAAAAAACUCGUGAACUUGCAGCAAGAGCAUUAGUAUCGUUAUUAACAGAAAAUAAUAUUUGCGAAACAUUGGAAUUUCUGAUAAAAAAUAUAAUGGAGACUAAAGAAAAUUUAAAUGCACUUCAUGGAUAUAUGUUACAGCUACAUGAAAUAGUAAGUGUUUUUGAAUUAUCUACGGAUAUUAUGUCAAAGACCAAAUUUCUUGACUUCUUACUAAAUAUGGAAAAGACAAUUCUCCAAAGUUUAGAAGAAGGAAAUGAAAAUUCUGCAUGCUUUCCGGCAGCUGCUUCAUUUGUUAUUAUUUUAUCCAAACUUCAAAAACAGCCCUUAAGCAGGAAACUUUUUGAAAAUCAUCUUUUGGACAGCAUUAUAGUAAGAUUAAAAAUGCAUCUAGCUAAUUGUAAAUUAUUAAAGAAAAAACCAGGAAAAGAAGUUUAUGAAAUGGAAGCAAUGAAUUUUAUUAUAUUAUGUGUGAAAAAUUCAUUUUGCCAUGAAUUAUUUAAUGUAAAUGAGGAAAAUAAUUUUUGGCUAUCUAUUUUAAUACAUGUCAAUGAGAAUAUUCAAAUAAUAAGUUGGAAAAAUAUUUUUCCAAUUAUUGAAAAAAUUGGUAAUUCCAAAUUUCUUCAUCAAGCAUUAUUUAUUGCUUUUAAUACGAAAUUUGAAUUUAUUGAUAAUGUUGAAGUACACGAUGCAAUUUAUGAAUUUUUAUAUCUUACUUUGUCACAUUUACAAGAAUCAAAUGAAAAAAAUUUAAUUGUAAAUAAUGAAUUAGAAAAGACAAAUGUAAUUUAUGAAUUUUGUACAAUUAUUGGUAAAAUGCUCACAUCUCAUAUGAGGAAAAAUUGUUUUUACGAAAGAGGCAUUUUUCUACAAUUAAUGGAGAAAAUGUUUGCAUGUUUUUCAUCUAUUUCUAAGGAUAAUUCCAAGACACCUAUGAGCCGAAACGAUGUGUAUAAAUUAAUAGUCAAUAAUUCUUGGAUGUGUUCUGCGGACAUAGAUUGUCGAAUUGGAAUCGCAAAAAAUCUUUAUGAUCUUUAUGUAGAAUCUGUCGAUAUAAAUGAUAGUUAUUUAGUUUUAAAUUGGUGGACAACAUUAUUGCAUUUAUUAUUAGACGAUAAUAUGAUUGUUCGUCAAUAUGCAUCAAUUGUAAUCUGUGAUAUAAAACCCAAUACAAAAUUGGGAUGCCAUUCUGUAAUUAUGGAAAUUUUUUUCAAUAAAUUUUUCAACACCAUUGGUAGUAAAAAUCCCACAAUUGGACUUGCCGCUCUUAUUUGUUGGAUCGUUACAUUAAUGGAUGAUGAGGAGCUUGAAAUGGAUGAAACAGAAGUAUUUAAUAAAUCGAAUAUUUAUGAAUAUUUCGAACCAAUGGGAAUAUCAAAACAGUGUAUUAAUUAUAUACAAUUAAUUUUUGAACAGUGUAGUGUCAGUGAAAUAAUUCCAGAAAUUAUCAAAAAUUGGUUGAAUGAACGAUUGAAUUUGCAAUUCAGUGAAAUGAAUACAUUUCAAGAACUUAUUAUUAAUUGUAAAAAUCGAAUUCCUUCUCUUGAGGGUAAAUUAAAAGAUAUUUUAGAUCCAUUUUAUAAAUCAAAAUUGAUACAACACGUUGGCUAUGACGAUCUUUGUCAACAAUUUUCAAAAGUUGUAUAUUGAAAUAUUUUAUUUCUUUUUUUAAAUAAAUUUUAUAUUUAUUUUAAAAAAAAAAACUUUGUUUCAAUGAUUUACUUGUGACGAAUCCAAUUUAUUAUUUUUUUAUCAAUGAAUUAC